AUGAGUACGGAAAAGAAAAGAAUGGCGACAUGCUUGUCAAAGUUCUAUAUAAUAAGCAUAACUGUCGCCUCUGUCUUUAUUAUGAUGUUGUCCUCUGUGGCAAUUAUUCUGGUCCAUCGCAGCGACAUUGCUAUACUACGUGAUCUUACUAACAAAACUGGUGUAUCGACAGUCACCUACACACUUAGCCUCAAGUUCCAGCUCGAAGAGAAUGUCCGAGUGACUAAGGUCUGUCUGUAUAGCUUAUAUUUACGGGUUUUAAUGUUUACUAUUUAG